AUGCGCGGUCUCAGAAGCCUUGCCUCCCUCGCCCUUGUCAGCUUGGUUACUGCCCAAGAUAAAAUCACUUUCGGUCCUGCGUUCUCCCUCGGUCCUACCAAGUCAUGGAUUCGUGAAGCGACUACCACCCUUGUGCUGCCCGAGGCACCAAGCCCACAGGAGGACCGUCUCGCACUUUGGCCGGGGAUGGGUACCAGCGGUGGAGAUCUGAUCCAGGCUCUUGCUGUGUCUUUCUCAGAUCCCGCGGCGAACUGCGGUGCCAGGUCCGGUCAAUGGUGCGCAUGGGCAAGCACUCUUCAAGACAAGUACAACGACAGCACCGGCAAGUACGACCAGACUGUAGCCAUCAACGGCAAAGUCGUCUCCAGCCUUUCAACCAGCUCCGGCCAGGCCCAGGGCUGGGGCACAGCCGUUGAGGCCCAGGACAAUGCCUCCAAGAGCACUGUUGCUGCGCACCAGUAUCUGGACACUACCAUUAUCUUAGAUUCCGCAGACCUUACUUUCCGUGAUACCCUCGGCCUCACCGAUGCUGACUCGUCUGGCUUGACAACCUCCGACAACGGCAAGACCUGGAAGGUGGCCACCAUCAACAUCCAUGAGCACUCUUUCUAG